UGUCGCUGGGGUAUCCUGUUCUCCCACCUCCGUGACUACACUGCUGUCUGCACCACAGAGAUGGGCCGAGCCGACAAACUCAGCUGUGAAUUUAGCAGGAGCAACAUAAAAAUUAUUGCCCUGUCCAUCGACAGUCUGGAGGACCACCGUGGCUGGACCAAGCCUACAACAAUGAGGAAGGAGUCUGGCUGUGCGUUCCUCUUCCCCAUCAUAGCAGACAGUCACAGGAAGCUGGCAGUGGGCCUGGCCAUGCUGGACCAUGACGAGAAGGACAAGGACGGCAUUCCCCUUACUGCCACUGUGGAUUUUUCCAUUGGCCCAGACAAAAGGUUGAAGCUGUCCCUGCUCUACCUUCCCACAAUGGCAUGGAACUUUGAUGAGAUCCUGAGAGUGGUUGACGGCCAGCAGCUCACAGCACAGAACCAGUUGGCCACCCCUGCUGACUGGCAGGUCAGCCAGUCAGUCAGCCGGUCCCUCUCGAACGCCAUAGCCUGA